AUGAAAGUGCUCCUAAUUCUGUUCAGUGGCUUCUUAAUUUGCACAGCUGACGAGACGAGCUUGAAUAAAAUCUUACGAACUGAGGAAAUGUUCGAAAGUAUUGAGCUUUUGACUUCUGAUCUACUUUACAAACUAGAUCCAGGUCAUUGUUACACAUUGAUCACAGACCCACUUUACAGUGAACUACUGCAACCAAAACUUUUCAGCGAAAUGAGUCACAGCACAUACUUUGUGGUUCGGGUUCAAUUCAAUGAGGACAUGAUCACUCCAAAGAAUAAAACCAUGAAGGCUAUGAGGGAAGCACAUCGGGCUGGAUGUGGAUGUUAUUUGAUUUAUUUGGCAAAUGGAAUACAAAUGAAUCGCUUUCUGAAGUAUAUUGAUCGUGAAAGAGCAAUCAGUCCACGCGUUCGGCUCAUUAUGCUGCAUGACUAUCGUUUGUUUGUAAAUCAGAUGAAUUACAUUUGGAAACGAUUUGUGAAUGUUAUCUUCAUUCGGCAGUACGAGCAAAGCUUUCGUGGCAAUCGAACUUCAUCGAAUAGCACAGCGUUUGAAUUAACCACUGUUCCAUAUCCGCUACCCAUUCGUCAAUUAUUCGUUACAAAGAGGCUCGACUUUUGGCGUAAUGGCAGGUAUCGACAUGGAGUAAAAUUAAAUAUUGAUAAAACAAAAGAUUUACAAGGUCAACGAAUGCUUGUGUGUGUCUUAAAUCAUACGCCGGGCGUGUUUACCAUGUCUGUAAAUCAAAACGAAACCAUUUACUCCGGCUUAGAAGUCGAGAUCAUUAAUGGGAUAUCAAAGGCGUUAAAUUUUUCCGUCGAAUUUUACGAAACGGAUGAUGCGACGACUGAGCAAUGGGGAAUGCAAAUUGAAAAUGGCAGUUAUACGGGAUUGCUUGGAGAGAUGGUAAAUGGUGCAGCUGAUAUUGCAUUGGGUGAUUUGCAUUACAUUCCAUACCACUUGAAAAUUAUGGACUUAUCAAUUCCGUAUUCAUCGCAAUGCUUGACAUUUCUCACACCGGAAUCAUUGACCGAUAACUCGUGGCAGACUUUAGUUUUACCGUUCAGUUCUGAGAUGUGGGCUGGUGUUUUGUUUUUCUUAUUUUGUGUCGGCUUUGUGUUCUACGUAUUUGAGCACAUUAAUAUUUGGAUUCAACGAAAUGAACCGGAACAAAAUCGCAAGCCAAACAGUAGACGUGUCAAAAAAUUCCGGGAUAUAUUCCAUGGCUUCAGUGAUUGCAUUCUUUAUACAUAUUCAAUGUUGCUGGUGGUGUCAUUGCCACGCCUGCCUCAGAAAUGGGCAGUGAGGAUUCUUACGGGAUGGUAUUGGAUCUAUUGCAUUUUAAUUGUGGUUGCCUAUCGUGCAAGUUUGACAGCCAUUCUAGCGAAUCCAGCUCCACGUUUAACCAUUGAUACGUUGGAAGAAUUGGCAAAGGGUCCGAUUAGCUGCGGUGUUUGGGGAGAGCAAAACCGGCAGUUUUUCUUAACAUCAACGGAUGAAGUUGGUCAAAAACUGGGAGAAAAGAUCGAAAUCAUCAGCACAUCGGAGGAGGCGAUCAAUCGAGUAUCGCAAGGAAAAUUUGCCUAUUACGAAAAUGUGUUCUUUCUGAAAGAGAUGCGACACAAGCACGACCAAAUCGAGUCGAAAAAUUGGAAGUACUUGCACAUUAUGAAGGAAUGUGCGAUAAAUAUGCCGAUAUCGAUUGGGCUAGAAAAGAAUUCACCUUUGAAACCAAGUUUCGACCGUUUGCUGCGUCAAGUGAUGGAAGCUGGCCUAGUUAGCAAAUGGUUGUCUGAUUCCAUACAAAGAUUUGAGGCAAGCAUCGAAGAGCCACCACAAGAAGCCUUGAUGGACUUGAAAAAAUUGUACGGUGUUCUAUUUGCUAUGCUCAUCGGUUACAGUGUUGCCUUAUUGACAUUGAUUAGUGAAAAUUUGUACUGGAGAUUUGUGACAAAACGAAAUCCUCUGUACGAUAAGUAUGAUGCAAUGAAAUUCUAUAGUCAAUAG